GCACGAAUUGAAUUCGUAGUCCUCUAUUUCCAAUCUGACCCCCAAAACCUUAUCCCCCAAAAAGUCCCAACCACUUUUUGUUUCACGGUCCAAUUAGCCUUCUCGGGUUGCAAGCCCAAUCUCCUUCUUCCUCUCUCUUCCCCCCCUUCUCUCUGCAAAACCCUAGAUCUCUCCCUGCUCCACCGGAGUCCGAGCUCCCCGCCGCGACGCCGAUCUCCCUCCCUCCGGCCUCUGGAGUUUACUCCUGAAGACAACAUGGCCACCCCUGUUGAAGAGAAGUUGGCCACUCCUAUUCAAGACAAAACCGCUCCUGUUGAAGAGCCAAUUACUACUCCAGUUCAAGAGCCAAUUAAUACUCCUGUUGAAGAGCCUGUGACUAAUCAUGUCAAAGAGCCCGUGACUAAUCCUGUCAAAGAGCCCGUGACUAAUCCUGUUGAAGAGCCUGCGACUAAUCCGGUUGAAGAGCCUGCGACUACUACAGUUGAAGAGCUAGUGACUACUACGGUUGAAGAGCCAGUGACUACUGUCGAUGAGCCAGUGACCAUGCAAGUUGAUACUACUCCAGUGGAUGUGUCAAUGACUACUCCAGUUGAUGAGACAAUGUCUACACCAAUUGAAGAACCAGCGACUAUUCCAGUUGAAGAGCCAAUUACCACUCCAGUUAAAGAGCCAAUGCCAAUUCAAGUUGAAAUGCCAGUGACUACUCCAGUGGACGAGCCAAUGAGUACUCCUAUUCAAGACAAGAUGGACACUCAUGAUGAAGAGAAGAUGCCAACGCAUGAUGAAGAAAAGAUGCUUGCUCUAACCCACUAUGAAGAGAAGAUGGAAACUCCCUAUGCAAACAAUGAGAUCACCCCCUAUGCAAACAAUGAGAUCACCCACUAUGCAAACAAUGAGAUCACCGAUUAUGCAAACCAUGAGGUCACACCAUAUGCAAACAAUGAGGUCGCACCCUACGCAAACAAUGAUGUUACCCUUGCAAGCAAUGAGCUGACCCCCUAUGAAAACACUGAGGGGACAAAUCCAGAAGCACAUCCUAACAAGCGGAGAAAAAAGAAGUCCGUAGUCUGGGAGCAUUUCACCAUAGAAAAUGUGAGUCCUGGAUGUAGGAGGGCAUGUUGCAAGCAGUGCAAACAGAGUUUUGCAUAUAGUACUGGUUCAAAAGUAGCUGGUACCAGCCACCUCAAACGCCACAUUGCUAAGGGGACUUGCCCAGCACUUCUGCGUAACCAGGACAAGAAUCAAUCAUCUCCAUAUACCCCAGCAUCAAGGGGUGGCAGUGCUUCUAAUACACCAAAACGGCGUUACCGAACUGCUAACUCACCCCAGUUUCUGUUUGAUCCAGACCGUUGCCGUCAUGAGAUUGCAAAGAUGAUAAUCAUGCACGACUACCCCCUGCAUAUGGUUGAACAUCCUGGGUUUGUAACUUUUGUCCAGAAUCUCCAGCCACAUUUUAACAUGGUGAGCUUCAAUACUGUCCAAGGUGAUUGUGUUGCAACUUACCUAAUGGAAAAGCAAAACCUUAACAAGUUUAUUGAGGGCAUACCUGGACGCGUUUGCCUUACCUUGGACAUGUGGACUUCCUCUCAAAGUGUGGGUUAUGUGUUUAUUACUGGGCACUUCAUUGAUGCUGACUGGAAGUUGCACAGGCGGCUCCUUAAUGUUGUGAUGGAACCGUAUCCUGACUCAGAUUCUGUGCUUAGCCAUGCUGUUGCUGUUUGCCUUCAUGACUGGAGUUUGGAGAGCAAGUUGUUUUCCAUCACCUUUGAUCACCCAGUGAGUGAAGCAGCUCUUGAGAAUUUAAGGCCUCUUCUCCCCAUCAAGAACCCACUUAUCCUCAAUGGUCAAUUAUUGGUUGGGAAUUGUGUUGCACGUACUUUGAGCAAUAUUGCAAAAGAAGUGUUAGAGGCAGGGCGAGAUGUAGUAAAAAAAGUCCGGGAUAGUGUUAAGUAUGUGAAGACAUCAGAGUCCCAUGAGGAAAAGUUUGUGGAGCUUAAGCAACAGCUUCAAGUCCCAAGUGAAAGGAGCAUAUCUCUUGAUGACCAAACUCAAUGGAAUACUACAUAUCAAAUGCUGGUGGCUGCUUCUGAGUUAAAGGAAGUGUUUUCAUGCUUGGAUACAUCGGAUCCUGAUUACAGACAAUCCCCCUCAAUGGAAGAUUGGAAGCAAGUUGAGACUCUCUGUACAUAUUUGAAACUGAUCUUUGAUGCAUCCAACAUCCUGACUACUACAACUAACCCAACUGCAGUGACCUUCUUCCAUGAAGUAUGGAGAAUUCAAUCAGACCUGGCUCGUGCAAUUACAACUGAGGAUCCCUUUGUGAGCAACCUCACUAAAUCAAUGCAAGAAAGAAUUGAAAAGUACUGGAAGAAUUGUUGCCUGGCAUUGGCAACAGCGGUGGUUAUGGAUCCUAGGUUCAAGAUGAAGCUUGUUGAGUUCAGUUUCAACAAAGUUUACGGUGAAGAAGCUCCAACAUUUAUCAAGAUCGUUGAUGAUGGAAUUCAUGAGCUCUUUCAUGAGUAUUUGACACUGCCUUUGCCUCUCACACCAACUUAUGCAGAAGAAGGAAAUGCAGGAUCCAACACUAGGACAGAGGAUUCCCAAGGAGGAAACAUUGCAGACAACGGACUCACAGACUUUGAUGUCUACAUCAUGGAGACUACCAGCCAACAGAUGAAGUCGGAGCUUGAUCAGUAUUUGGAAGAGGCUCUGUUGCCUAGAGUCCACGAAUUUGAUGUGCUAGGCUGGUGGAAACUAAACAAGAUGAAGUACCCAACUCUUUCAAAGAUGGCUCGUGACAUUUUGUCAAUUCCGGUAUCUACAGUUUCUUCCGAUUCUGUUUUCGAUACCACUGCCAAAGAGAUGGAUCAGUACAGGAGUUCUUUGCGACCAGAGACGGUGGAAGCUGUUAUAUGUGCUAAGGAUUGGAUGCAGUAUGGAUCGGCACCAGUUUCAAAUGCCGUUGUCAGAAUGGAGUAUUAGAUCAUAGGUUCUUUUGGACAGACAAUUUCGGUUAAGUGUCAUGGUCGAUGCCAGCCAGAAAGAUGUAUGCGGUAGGUUCUGUAUCAUUUUAAUGUAGUUGCUUUCACCAAUCGCCAUCAGGUUAUCUCUUGUACCAAUUCUAGUGAUUGUAUGCUUGGACAUGAACAUUUAGUUUCCUAGUUUUAGAUUUCUGAUGUUAUUAAUGUUAUGCAGUUUCAAAGCUGAGCAUAUGUAGAAUUUGGGAAAGCCUCGUUGGGUUGCCAUUUGCUUUUGUCCCAUGUAUGUGAAAUAUUAAAGCAUUCUCCUCA